AUGAUCCUAAAGGAUGAACCAAAUUUGCAAUUCGUCCCCAACGGCGUCCUUGACAAACUCGUAUGUGAGGAUGCCGUUAAAAAGGUUCUUGAGAAGCAUCGAUCAAAGCUCAAGACGGACAUAUCCACUUUAGCGGUGUUUGUCUGCACUCGGGCAAAACGAUUAUUUGCGACUCUAGUGUUUGCCGAAGUUGAGUAUCUGAUCGACAAUUUCUAUGAGCACGACUUCGAAGACGAGAAGCUCCCUGUGUCAUUGAAAGGGGGCACUGAAAGGGGAAUUUGGAAGGUGGAGGCAUCUCUUCUCAAGGAUGAAAACAAGAUAAUUAACGCUCAUCCUUUCAAUGACAGAGAGUUUUGGACCCACCGAAAGAUUGCCGACUUCCAAAACACCUAUCAAUGGCCGUUCCUUUGCCCGGUAUUCGUCAAAGAUCAGUUUGAAUAUCAAUUUCAUGGGAGAUUUAGAAUGCCUUUUCUCGAUGAAGAGAGCAUAAGCUCCAAGGAGAGCAUUUUUAGCACUGUGGAGGAGUGGCGGAUUCACCGCGAUCAUAUCGAGAUCGACGAGUUCAUGGUAAGGCUAUGGCCGGGCAUGUCUCUUGAUCGCGACGAUCACCCUCGUGUUGCGGUUAAAUCACUGAAGAAGCCAAGCUGGAGCGAUGCUGAGUUUGAAGCUGUCGUCAGAGCCGAAGUCAGGAAUUUGAAGAUGCUAAGGAACAUAAAUCACCCGCACCUGAUCAGAGCUAUUGCCUACUACAAGCGGGGUAAGAAGCACUAUAUAAUGUUCCCGUGGGCCGGUCAAGGCAGUCUGAGGAAACUUUGGGAAGAUGAUCCUCCAGCCCUUGAUCCACGGUAUUUAAAAUGGUUCUUCACACAGCUCUGCGGUCUAUCUGAAGCGAUCGCGAGGCUGCAUCACCAGCCCGACGAAACACCAUUUAGCAGUCCACAACCAAAUACUGGGAGGUCUUUGCGUCAUGGUGACCUUAAACCAGAGAAUAUCCUUUGUUUUGAAAAUUCCGCGGAACCGAGCGAUAGGAAAGCACAUCAAUGUGUUCUCAAGAUCACUGAUGUGGGCCUUUCGAAACCGCACGACACGGUAACACAAAUGCGGACAGCAGGCACCCGCACCAUGGCUGGAACUAUCAUGUACGAGCCCCCGGAAGUAGAGCUAGAGAAAGACAAACCUAGGUCCCGCCGCUACGAUAUAUGGUCAAUGGGAUGCAUAUACCUUGAGUUCCUUAUAUGGAUUCUAUAUGGCUCCAAGGGCUUGACACGUUUCAACCAAGACCUAAGUGUACUGGGCACUACCACAAGAUUCUACCACAUUGAUGAAAAGACGAAGACAGCUCAACUCAACAAGGAUGUUCAAAAGUGGAUCGAUUAUAUAAAACAGGAGGACCUAAGAUGCUCCGAGAAUACUGCCCUUCGACGCUUACUCGAACUCAUCAUCGAAGGGUUGCUGGUUCCUAACGUCCAUAACCCAAGUGUUAAGCGCACACGGACCUUGCGCCCCGAUGCGGGUUUUACAACACCAUCCGGCCUCUCUAUCACCGUCCGAUCAGCCACCUUUUGCUCUGAGAACGCAGAAAUCGAAUCAUAUGGAGGUAGACUAGCGGCAAAUGACAUGUACGAGCAGAUAAGAGAGAUAUUAAAUGAUGCCAUCUCAUCUGAAAUCGAAUGGAUGAAAUGGGACGCCCCAACCCAACAAGGGCCAGGGCUAUAUGGAAACCAACUGGACCCUUCCAACGCCGUCAAACAAGGAUUCCGUAACCGAGAGUUUGACGAUAAGUGGGACUAUGCCCCCGAUACCGAGUCAGCGGAACGAUUAUUCGCGGAUCCCAUCUUCCGAGCCGGACUACCACGAAAAAGUGAGGAUUCUAAGCUUUGCAACAGAUGCGGCAGCCUACGACUAUGGCUUCCGACUUGCACUUUUUCGGAUUCACUAACAGGUCUGAGUGAAAAAUCGAAUUACUGCAAUCUUUGCAACCUCCUGUUGCACCAUGUGGAUGGAUUUGGCUCUAGAACAUCCGGUAACGUUCAGUUCUUUCGGAUUGGUUCCUUUUUGACCUCCAAUAACGCACCACAGCAGCCAAUUGUUUCCCUUUAUACUUUGCCAGGCAAAGUGGUUCUUCUAGGUCUUCAGCUUGAAGCACGUUCACCUAAUAUUCAGAUUGGCUUGCCGCAGUUUCCUGGUGCAGGAAGUAUAUCGCAUAUCAAGCUGCUCACCGAGUGGAUUCGUAGCUGCGACGAAACUCACAAAUGCUUGCCCAGAACAGACUCCUUCCUUCCAACUCGGGUAAUUGAUGUCGGCAGUAAAGACUCUCCCAAUGUUCGGCUGUUCUGCGACACGCAAGACCGACCUGGAAAGUACCUAGCGCUGUCGCAUCGCUGGGGAUCACCUACACAAAACAAGAAAUUUUGCACUGAAAAGGAUAAUCUCAAGAAACAUGAGGAGGGCAUACGUAUCGCCGAUUUACCGAAAACAUUCCGCGACGCGAUACACGUGACCCGAAAUCUUGGUGUUCAGUAUCUCUGGAUUGAUUCACUCUGCAUUAUUCAAAAUGAUGAAAAGGACUGGGAAGCAGAGUCGAAACUUAUGGAGCAAGUAUUCAGCUCAGCAUAUGCUACGAUUGCCGCUAGCUGUGCCAAUGGAACGGAUGAUGGCUUCCUCAAGUCUCGAACAGAGCGGCGGUGCGUGACAAUGACUAAUAACGCUUCCGGUUCGAAGUUCUACCUAUGCAACGCCAUAGAUGAUUUUCACAAUCAUGUGGACCAAGGAGAGUUGAACAAGAGAGGAUGGGUAUUGCAAGAGAGAGCCUUGUCGCGCCGAACCAUCUACUUCACCGAGAAGCAAACUUACUGGGAGUGCGGAGAAGGUGUGCGAUGUGAGACACUAACUAAGAUGAAAAAUGCAAGAGCAUCCUUCCUAGGAGACGCGAACUUCCCUCAUUCCGUCGACGACUAUGUCAAAGGAAAGAAAAUCAAGCUUUGGCAAGGCCUAUACGAACAUUAUUCGAAUUUAGCCCUCUCUUUCAAGGUUGAUAGGCCUGUUGCCAUUAGGGGCCUGGAAAAGCGACUUAUACGUACCCUGGCAACGGUGGGCGGAUACGGUGUUUUCGACUUAUUUCGUCAUCGCAGUCUUCUAUGGCAGCGAUCGGGCGAUAAACUGGCUCGAAUAUCAUUCCUGAAGGAUCGUCACGACUCCAUCCCUUCAUGGUCGUGGAUGGCAUACGACGGUGGGAUCAAGUACAUGGAUGUUCCUUUUGGAAAAGUAGUCUGGAAUGAAGAUGUCUCCUCGCCUUUCAAGGCAGGAAAUCUCGAUUCAGGAGCAGAAGGAAGGCUACCCCUCGAUAUUGAAGCGCCGAUUUGCGGGCUGAAUGAGGAUGCAAAUCGUCAUUUAAUUCUUGACGAACCUGGCUGUAACUUAACCAAGCCGCUCAAGUGCGUGAUUAUUGGAUCAAACCAGGACUCAGAGCAGGAUAAGAAUCGUGUACAUUACGUCUUGGUUGUCACACUUGUCUUUCGGGGUCUCACUAGGAUCUAUGAAAGAGUUGGCGUUGGCAUACUGAACAGCGAGCAAAUUGUGCAGGCCGAAGUUGGGGAAACGGUUCACAUCAGAUAG